UCUCUCUCUCUCUCUCUCUCUCUCUCUCUCUCUCUCUCUAGCUAUGGGCAGCACGGAAGAACCCAACAGGCCCGCCUCCUCCCUCUACGACUCUUCCUCGCCCUCUCAGCCGCUCCUCUCCACGCCCCCGCCUGAAGCCGACCCGCAUCCCGAGUCCGACCCGACCCAGUACCUCCAGAUCACCUACAACUACGGCCCUCGACCCUUCAAGGACCUCCCUUUCCUCGUCUUGUUCCUCCUCCUCGUCCUCCUCACGUUCGCCUUCGGAAUCUUCUCCAUCUUCCACAGAAACACCGAGUACUCCGACGUCUCCUCUUACUCCUACAGCUCCACUUCCUCGUCUUGCGUCAAGAACUCCACUUCGCUUGCUUGGCGUAACGCCUUUAAUGUUUCUUCCUCUUUAUCUUCUACUGUUCUGACGGAUUUGAUAUGGGUUCUUGUUAUUACUUUGAUCUUGAGCGUGCCCAUUUGUUUCUCGCUUCUCUUGUUGCUCAAGCACUACACCAAGCAGGUCGUUUACGCCUUGCUACCCUUCUUCGUGCUCAUUCCGGUCUUCUUGAAUGUCUAUUGGUUCGUUGCUUGCACGGUCAGCUCUAGCUGCAGCGACGAUUUUCCCUUGGUUUAUCGGAUUUUGGUGCUGGUGUUUGUGUUCUUGGUCAUUGGGGUGAUCGUCUGGAUUUUUGUGGCUAAUUGGCACAGAAUCGAGCUCACCGUGACGAUAAUUGGGGUCGCCUCUGAUGCUCUGUCGAGGAAUUUGGCCUUGUUUGGGGUGUUGCCGUGUAUGACUCUAGGUUUGUUGAUUUACUAUGCUCCCAUUGUUGUGUUCUUGGUGCUCGCCAGGCAAAAUGGGGAAAUUGUGGCGAGUGAAUCGGAUGGAGAGUACACCUGUGAAUGGAAGCAAGAUAGCUGGGUGCCUGCUUAUUUUGCACUGGCGAUCCUUACUAUGAUGUGGUCUUUGACGGUGACGAUCGAAGCUCAGGCUUAUGUGAUCAGCGGAACCAUUGCCCAGUGGUACUUCUCCAAGGAGGAUACAGCUCCAAGGAGGAGUAUUAGAAGUUCUUUAAGGAAUGCUUUUGGUCCCUCCUCGGGAACAAUAUGUCUCUCUGGAUUGCUUAUUUGUGUAGUUCGCCUAGUGCGGACUGCAGUUGAUGGUGCAAAACGGGAAGAUGCCCCUGGAAUCGUGAACCUUGUGCUUCGUUGCUGUGUUAACACCUUACUAUCAGCCGUUGAUUUUUUAAAUAAGUUCACCAUAAACUUUGCGGCCAUAACAGGUGAAGCCUACUGCACAUCUGCUAGGAUGACAUAUGAGCUUUUGAAGCGCAAUCUCCUUUCUGCUGUCUUUGUGGAGACUAUUUCAACCCGAUUACUAGGGGGGAUUGUUUUUGUAUUCUCAGCAAUAUAUGCAGUUGUGGUGUGGGCUAUAUUACAAGGCGUAAGCGACCUUGGAGUGGACUCUUACCUUUUGGCAGUUCUGGCAUGGGUGCUGCUGAUUGUGGUGCUGUGUUUCUUUAUCCAUGUUUUAGACAAUGUGAUAGACACCGUGUACGUGUGCUAUGCCAUAGAUAGGGAUAGAGGGGAAGUCUGUAAACAGGAUGUCCACGAGGUCUAUGUUCAUCUUCCCCUCAGUAGAAACAGUAGGUCGUCUCUCGUCUCGCGGACCCAUGCUGUAUGAGUAAUCAUGUGUUGAAAUCCUGUGUUUCUGUAAUUCCAAUUGUUCUCUGUGAAAGUAAUAACUGCCCGGUUGGCAAGUUCAACCUUCAAUUAUCGGAUUGUACAAUUUUGAGGCUGUCAAUAAAGAGUGAUUCUUUUG